GCCCUCGCGCUGGGGAGGAGUCCCGGAGUCUUGCUGGAGUUGAAGCACCUUUCUCACCCUCCUCGCCCUCCCCACCGACAUCAUGCUCCAGUUCCUGCUCGGAUUCACUUUGGGCAACGUGGUUGGAAUGUACCUGGCUCAGAACUAUGACAUGCCAAACCUGGCUAAAAAGCUCGAAGAGAUUAAAAAGGACCUGGAAGCCAAGAAGAAACCCCCCAGUUCCUGAUGUCCGCCUGGCACUGCAUUUGAACCCACCAAUUCCGUCCUGAGGGGCCUGCCUCCUUCCUAGCCACAUCCAAAGCCGUUUUCCUCUUUGGUCUCAGACCCUGCGUGUUGCCUCAGAGCCAGCACAGGCCGGAAGUCGGGGUAGCUCUGUUUCCAGCAGCCUCCCUUCCUCCUGUGUCUUCCGUCCAGCUGCUUCUGAGUCCUAAGGCUGGGACUGUGGUGCUAGGUUAGCAAACCCAACCGUUACUAGCACUCGCUCACCUGUAUUUUGGGAGUUCUACCACCUGUUCUCAGGAGAAAAAUGAAUGGAUUUGGAUAGCUGCUUUUACUGCCUAGCAGUUAUAAUAGGAGCUUGCUAGACAAACUAUAUUUUGUUGUUAAAGUAUUAAAGUCAGAACCUUCAAGCCAGUUUCUGGCGAAUUACCCAUUUAUUUUAUAUUGUCAUCAAGGCGCUCCAUGAUUGAUAAUUCAACCAAUAAAUCAUUUGCUGGCCAUUAACCAAGAAACUAUUUUAUCAACUCUGUAAAAAACUGGGAAAAUUUAAAACAUUCAAAAUAAUGGUUGUUUGAGGAAAGUUCAUUUUGUUUCCUCUGUGUUUUUCCUUAAUGAUAUAGUUGAACUGACUCUGCCAUAAAAAAUUCUAUUUUUCAUGCUUGCACUUGACAUGACAGGUGAAUAAGUGAGAAGCUGUUGAUAAAAGAAUGUCAUUUUUUUAUAUUAAAAUAUGUACUAACUAUAUAACUUUAUAGUGAUUCCCCUCAGAAAUGUGGUCCAAAUGUGUGAUAAAAUGAGUCUCUUGGGGGAACUUCUGCUACUUUCCACAGUUGAAGCCCCCUCCCCAUCAGAAUGGAUCAUCAGUUAUCAUCAUCUCUUUGUUAAAAGAGAGUCUCUCAGUGUUACCCAGGGUGAUAUUGAACUCCUGGGUUCAAGCAAUCCUCCUGCCGUAGCCUCCAGGUGCUGGGACUACAGG